AUGACCUGGAUGCCGAGAGCCGCCCCUCCCGCUGCUAGCCAACCGCCAAACGAGCUCCAACGACAGGCUUGUGAGGUGGCGAAUGUGCCCCGUCGCCACCCACACUAUGCGCUGUGUCUCGACGAUCGGAGGUCGCUGAACGGCGGCGGCGGAAAGCUGCGCGCGAGUUCAUCCCAUCCACGUCCGGCGCAUGCAUCGCCCCCUACCUCAAUGCCGAUCUUCGCCAGCACAAAUCUUGCGAAGCGUCCGUCGACAGGCGGUAGCGGCGUGCACCACGCCCUCCACACAGACCGCGACAUGGACCCGAAGCCCCUGUGGCUCGUGGAUAUUAACACGCCCACAGGCAAUGUGUUCGCGCCCUCCACGCCGCCAACCCCCAGGCCCGAGAUGCCCUCUCUCGCAGAGAAUCCGUUUGACUUGCUCGCGGAGAACACCUCCGACUCGCGCGCGGAGAACUCACUCGACACGCCCGCUGCAGACCCGCACGUCGCUCAAUAUCCUCCCGGACGCUGCGCUACCAAGUUCGAGAGCGGCCCCCGGAACUUCGCAAAUGCGGAUGCGUCUGUAGCGCAGGCGCAGACGAAAAGGACAAGGACGAGCAGGGCGAGCGGGACAAGCGGGGCGAACGAGGUAGGCAGGACGAGCGGGGCGAGCGGGUCAAGCGAGGGCGAGCAGGGCACAGAGGGCGAGCAGGGCACAGAGGGCGAGCAGGGCACAGAGGGCGAGCGAGGUAAGCGCGGCGCGCCGGGCACGGAGGGCGAGCGAGGCAGGGCGAGCGGGGCGAGUGAGGUAGGCAGGGCGAGCGGCGGGGACGAGCAUGGCACGGAGACGGAGGGCAAGCAGGGUACAGAGGGCAGGCAGUGCACGGAGGGCGAGCGAGGUCAGCGAGACGAGUAG